AUGGAUCAAGGAAUCAUAAAAGCCUUCAAGUGGAAAAUCUACCGCUAUGCCUGCAACUACUUGGAAGUGAACCUGGAAACCACCAUGAUGGAUUUCUGGAAAUCUGUCACUGAAGCAGACACCCCAAGGGAUGUCGAGCUGGUGGGGCCCUCACGAUCUCCAACGCCAUCCACCAGUCACGAAGGACAGGAUGUCAGAAGCAUCCACUUCUUCCAACAGCAGCAACUAAAAUGUCAUCAAUCUUUCCCUCGGUUUUCAGAGGGCAGCCAAGGUGUAGGUUUACGGCAGUAUACUAUACAGUACAAUGCCCCCCCAUCCACACUGGCAUCUGACACACGGAAGGACAAAGCUGGUGGGAACAAGACCCAGUCCCUGCCUCCCUUGCCACCCCCCAGAUCACUGGGUAAGCACCAGAGGGGAGAGACACAUCCAGGUUCCCCAUCUUGGAGAGAAGAAGCACUGAUCCUGCCUUCCUCAGGUUCUCCUGGGCAUUUGAGCCAAUGGGAUGCUGAGGAGGAAGAUGAUGGAGAAGCCCAAUAUGAACUUCCUCCUUGUGAGUCCCUGCCCCUAAAGAUGGCCCCUGCCUGUCCUCUCCCCCUGGAGAAGAAGGAGUUAUAUCUGGAUCGAUCCAUCAACCCCGGACCUCCCAAGCCAGUGCCCCAGCCCGCCAUGCUGCUGGCGGCCCUGAGCCUACAGGAGGCUAUGGGUGGAGGAGACCGCUUUGGGAGAAAAGAUCUGACUGCGUCUGGAAGCACAGAUCUAGCUAGACAAGAUGACUCUGAGGAAGCCAUGUACCUGGAACUCAGCGUAGCUUCACCUUUAAACCAGGCCUCGGGUUCUCAGGCUCCAACCAUGAUCCCAAGACCAACAAUGGCCCCCAGGUCUGCCUACAAGCCUAUCCCUGUCUCCCAGGAAGCUCGGAGUGGGCCAGCAGACAUGGCUUACAAUGCCCGGCCAUGUAAUCCCCUUCUUCCAACUGGGGGGAUGCCACUCACCGGGAAGACCCCUGCCGAUGAGGAGGCCAGCAUGCUGAGUCAGCCCUGGUAUUCAGCACACUGUGACCGCCAGACUGUUGAGAAUGCCCUUCUCCACCUCCAAAAGGAUGGCACCUACACCGUGAGGCCCAGCUCUGACCCCCAAGGACCGAAGCCCUUCACUCUGGCUGUACUCUUCCACAACCGUGUCUACAAUAUCCCCAUCCGGUGGCUAGAAACCAGGCGACAAUAUGUUCUAGGUCGGGAGGGCAAGAGCUAUGAAAAGCUCUUCCCCACUGUGGCCACCAUGAUUCAACAUUUCUCCCAGCACCCACUCCUCCUUGUGAACGGACACACCGGCACUCGCCACCACACCUGUCUCCUCUUCCCCACCAAGUCUAGACGGCCCCAGUAG